GCAAGAGCGAACGAUGGCAGACUAUGCCGAGGAGCAGAUGAUGGAGGUCGAGGCCCUCGAGUCCAUCUACAUGGAUGACUUUGCCAAGAUCCAGGACGCGCCUCUGACCGUCAAGGUGCACGUCGUGCCCAACCAAGACGGCGAAAACAACCACGUGGCGCUAAGCCUCCAGUGCACGCUCCCAGAGACAUAUCCCGAAGUCUCGCCCAAGAUUGACAUUCUUUUGGAAAAGGGCCUCAGCGAUCGGCAAGAGAAGGAGAUCCGGGCUCUCUUGGAGGCGCAGAUUGAGGAAAACUUGGGCAUGGCCAUGAUCUACACCAUCACCGAAGCAGUCCGAGAGUACUUGGUCGAAAACAACCGCGAAGGCAACGAUGGCUCCGAGUACCAAGAGAUGCUGCGUCGCAUGGAAAGCAAGCAAAAGAAGGAAGACACGGCGGCCGCGGCGGCCCAAGCCAUUCUUGACGAGGAGAACGCUCAUACGACGGCCAAGUCGAACGAAGGCACGCCCGUGACGGUCGAGUCCUUCAACGCGUGGAAGGCGAAAUUCGAUGAAGAAAUGAUGAUCAAGGUCACGGGCAAGGUCGGUGUGUCGACCGAGAAGCGGCUCACGGGCCGUCAGCUCUGGGCGAGUGGUGCCGCCAAGGAAGACACGACGACAGACGCCGAUGACGCCGACGGCAUGGGCGACGACGACGACGACGAGAACGACGAGGACUAUGUAGACGACGGCGGCGACGACGCCAAUUAAUAUGACGUCGAUGAGUCGGGUUUGAC